UUUCCAUUCAUAAAACAUGCACCCCACUUUCCAAAAAUAAAAUAAAAAUUAAUUAACCAUUAAUUAUCAUCAAAUAACACUAACACCACUAUAUCCCUUCCUUAAUGUUAUCACAUCAAAAGAACAAGAAAAAAAAACAUUUCUCCAUUUUCAUCAUAUCAUUUUGCCUUCCUUUUUGAGAAAUUAAGUGUUUCAUUUUUAUUUUUAUUUUGUUCUUUCUAUUUCCAUGUGACAUUGUUAACAUAAUUGAUUUGGCAAAAAAAAAGAAAAAAAAUGGUUAGAGAAAUAUAUAAGAUUUCAAAGUCAAGAUCUUUCAAUAUUAGGAAGAUUUUUGAAGGAAGACAUGGACAUACUCAUCAUCAUGUUGUGUUAGAGAAUAAUGGACAUGGCAAAGAUAUGAAAUUUAAGAGUCAAUUAGGUGCAAAAUCAUCUUCAACAUUAGAAUUACAACAAUUAAGUAGCAUUUUUAAUAAGUCUGAUGAUCAUGUUACGCGAUUCGCCAAGGAAGGAGAAAGAUCAAGAAACAUCCACAAGGAUAAACAAAGUUCAGAAAUGGAGAAGAUGAAAGAAAAGUUUGCGAAGCUACUUUUAGGAGAGGACAUGUCAGGUGGAGGAAAGGGCGUUUCAUCGGCUUUAGCUUUAUCAAAUGCCAUUACUAAUCUUGCAGCUUCUGUUUUUGGAGAACAAAGAAAAUUGGAGCCAAUGUCUGAAGAAAGAAAAUCAAGAUGGAAAAAAGAAAUCAACUGGCUUUUAUCUGUAUCAGAUUAUAUUGUUGAAUUUGUUCCUUCUCAACAAAAAUCUAAGGAUGGAACAAAUAUUGAGGUAAUGGUGACACAACAAAGAAGAGAUUUGUUCAUGAAUAUCCCAGCCUUGAAAAAGCUUGAUGCAAUGCUCAUUGAUUGCUUGGAAAAUUUUAAAGACGCGAGCGAGUUCUGGUAUGUCUCAAAAGAUGCUGAUGAAUCUGAGAAAGGUGUUCAGAGGGAUGAUAAAUGGUGGCUACCUACAAUCAAGGUUCCACAAGAGGGUCUAUCGGAUACAUGUCGAAAAUGGCUUCAAUAUCAGAAAGAUUGUGUAAACCAAGUACAUAGAGCAUCUAUGGCUAUUAAUGCACAAAUACUCUCAGAAAUGGAAAUUCCUGAAAACUAUAUUGAAUCUCUUCCUAAGAAUGGUAGAUCAAGUCUUGGUGAUUCAAUCUACAAGAGCAUCACAAUCGAGUUCUUUGAACCCGAACAAUUCCUUUCGACGAUGGAUUUGUCUACAGAACACAAAGUUCUUGAUCUUAAGGACAGAAUUGAGGCAUCUAUAGUGAUUUGGCAGAGGAAAUUACACCUUAAAGAUGGAAAAUCUACAUGGGGUUUAGCUGUUAGUGCAGAGAAAAGAGAGCUUUUUGAAGAAAGAGCAGAGGCUAUCUUACUAUUGUUAAAACAAAAAUUUCCUGGAAUCCCUCAAUCUUCUCUUGACAUCAGCAAAAUCGAAUAUAACAACGAUAUAGGACAUUCUGUCUUGGAGAGCUAUUCAAGGGUGUUAGAAAGCCUAGCUAACACGGUUAUGUCGUGUAUCGAAGAUGUCCUAUACGCUGACUCUCUAACACAAGAUCCAGCACUUGCAAUCGAAAAGUUGAACCUCUCAUCAGCUGAUUCCUCACCUCAAUUUCCGCUAAGUGGUAUGUCAAGUCCUAGGGAACUCGAGGCAGAGGUGUUAAGUUCUGUUGCACAAACACCAGCAGCAGAAACACCGACUUUAUCUGAUUUCAUUGGUUGGAGUGAAGAGCUAGGAGACACAGGAGUGAAAAAGAAUCGUUCAACGGGUAACUUGGAGGCUUAUUUCAAAGGUGAAAAUGACUACAGUUGCAUAGGGAAACUAGCUAGUAUUACUCCAAAGAAACUUUCCUACAUUGAAAAGAUUGGAAGCGGCCUAAGAAGUCCAACAUCUCGACAUUAACAACGAUACUGAGGAACGAGAACAAUGUCAGGGUGAUAGGAGGAAUAGGAAUAGUAACAAAAUCUAAAGUAGUUAGAAAGUUCACCUGUGUGUAAAACUCCUACCUUUUUUAAGGAGUUCGACGUGGUUAGUGUUCGAUGUAUGUGAGUGAUCUUCCUUCCAUUGUGGAUAGGGAAGUUCAAAAUACAUGUUAUAUUUUGUUGAAAAUGGUUUGUAGCAUAAUCUCCCUUUAUAAUAUACAUAAAUUUGCAAAA